AAGAAUCCUAGCGUCAUUCUCUCCUUUGUUACGUGAAGUGUGAGCCUAGAAUUUUUUUUUAUCUUUUUAACAUAAAUAAAUACUUAAAUAUGGAAGGAUCACUGUGAUGUCUGAAACAGCAACAGCGAAGAAGAGAGUGGAGUUGUGAAAGAGAUGGCACUUGUAACGACGAACCCAACCAUCAACGAGGGUCCUCUGUUCGCCGAGGUAGACAUGAGUUCCGAUUUCAACGCCCCCACUAUUCGAGCCACCGUUGUCCAAGCCUCCACCAUCUUCUACGACACUCCUGCCACCUUAGAUAAGGCUGAGAGGUUGUUGGCUGAAGCUGCUAGUUAUGGAUCCCAGCUUGUGGUGUUUCCAGAAGCGUUUGUUGGUGGGUACCCGCGUGGUUCAGUUUUCGGUGUUUCCAUUGGAAAUCGCACGGCCAAGGGUAGAGAGGAGUUCCGCAGGUAUCAUUCUGCCGCUAUUGAUGUGCCUGGCCCUGAAGUGGAUAGAUUGGCAGCAAUGGCUGGGAAGUAUAAAGUACAUUUAGUGAUGGGUGUGAUAGAGAGGGAUGGCUACACACUUUAUUGUACAGUUCUCUUCUUUGAUUCUCAAGGUCGUUACCUUGGAAAGCACAGGAAAAUCAUGCCAACAGCAUUGGAGCGGGUUAUAUGGGGAUUUGGGGAUGGAUCAACCAUUCCAGUGUUUGAAACUCCCAUUGGAAAAAUAGGUGCUGCCAUUUGUUGGGAGAACAGAAUGCCACUAUUAAGAACAGCAAUGUAUGCUAAAGGUGUGGAGAUAUAUUGUGCUCCUACAGCAGAUGCCAGGGAUGUGUGGCAAGCAUCAAUGACCCAUAUUGCUCUUGAAGGUGGAUGUUUUGUUUUGUCAGCAAACCAGUUCUGUAGAAGGAAGGAUUACCCACCUCCUCCAGAGUAUGUUUUUGCUGGCACAGAAGAGGACCUGAAUCCGGAAUCUGUUGUAUGUGCCGGGGGUAGUGUCAUUAUAUCACCAUCAGGGGCUAUUCUGGCUGGACCAAAUUAUGAUGGGGAGGCACUCAUCUCAGCAGACCUAGAUCUUGGAGAAAUAGCGAGAGCUAAGUUUGAUUUUGAUGUGGUUGGACACUAUUCAAGGCCUGAAGUGCUCAGCUUGAUUGUCAAGGACCAUCCAACAAACCCAGUUACUUUUACAUCAACAUCUACAAAAGUUGAAGAUAAGACCAAGUAGUAGUUUCUUCCUUCAUGGUCAACAACUUUUGAACCUCCAGUUCUGGACCUGUCCACCACUUUAGCCUUAUUUGACCUCUUUUUAUGUUAACAAUUAUAUCUUACGUCCAUUUAUGAAAGCUUAUCGGGCUUACCUUGUACAAUAUGCGGUUUCAUUUUUAUUUUAGUUUUUUUUUACUUUUUUUUAGAUAAACUUAUUAAAAUGGCAUUGGGAUUCGUAUUUGCUA